GAGGAGACAGCUCGCACGCUGAAGUUCGCCAGCACGGUGCGAAAGGUAACCAACUUCCCCAAGCAGAUGGUGCUUCCCGUCGCUGACUACGAAAGGUGGGCAGCCGCGACGGGCGGCGAUGCUUGGUGCAGCGCGGUGGGCGAAUUCCUGCGCCGGGGUGAGGACAAACAA